GGCAUAGACGUCCGAUCAAAAACAAUCCAACGGCCAAGCGAAAAACCCUACGUACAGUGGUAAAGAGAGUAGUACUUAAAGCAAAGGAUGCAAUUUCCUACUCCUCUUCCUUGCUCUCGACGAGUUCAAUCGCCAUUAGGGAGCUCCUUGCCCAGGCGAUCUCAAUUUUUAUAGCUUAGCUUAAGUUUUUUGUUUUUUGUGGUCAAAAUGGGUAAGGAGAAGGUUCACAUAAACAUUGUGGUUAUUGGCCAUGUUGACUCUGGAAAAUCAACUACAACUGGUCAUUUGAUCUAUAAGCUAGGAGGUAUUGACAAGCGUGUAAUUGAGAGGUUUGAGAAGGAGGCUGCUGAAAUGAACAAGCGGUCAUUCAAGUAUGCUUGGGUAUUGGACAAGCUCAAGGCUGAACGAGAACGUGGUAUUACCAUUGAUAUUGCCUUGUGGAAGUUUGAGACCACCAAGUACUAUUGCACUGUCAUUGAUGCCCCUGGUCAUCGAGACUUUAUCAAGAACAUGAUCACUGGUACCUCACAGGCUGACUGUGCUGUCCUUAUCAUUGACUCCACUACUGGUGGGUUUGAAGCUGGUAUAUCCAAGGAUGGUCAGACUCGUGAGCAUGCUCUGCUUGCAUUCACUCUUGGUGUCAAGCAAAUGAUUUGCUGCUGCAACAAGAUGGAUGCUACAACCCCAAAGUACUCCAAGUCGAGGUAUGAUGAAAUUGUCAAGGAAGUUUCUUCCUAUCUCAAGAAGGUAGGUUACAACCCUGACAAGAUUCCCUUUGUUCCUAUCUCUGGGUUCGAGGGUGACAAUAUGAUUGAGAGGUCAACCAACCUUGACUGGUAUAAGGGCCCUACUCUCCUUGAGGCUCUUGACCAGAUUCAGGAGCCCAAGAGGCCUUCAGACAAGCCUCUCCGACUUCCACUUCAGGAUGUCUACAAAAUUGGUGGCAUUGGCACUGUCCCUGUGGGGCGUGUUGAGACUGGUGUCCUCAAGCCUGGUAUGGUUGUCACUUUUGGCCCAAGUGGGCUCACAACUGAAGUAAAGUCUGUAGAGAUGCACCAUGAGGCUCUUCAGGAGGCCCUUCCUGGUGACAAUGUUGGUUUCAACGUGAAAAAUGUUUCAGUCAAGGAUCUCAAGCGUGGAUUUGUUGCCUCUAAUUCCAAGGAGGAUCCUGCCAAGGAAGCUGCCAACUUUACCUCCCAGGUUAUUAUCAUGAACCAUCCUGGUCAGAUUGGAAAUGGUUAUGCUCCAGUUCUUGACUGCCACACUUCCCACAUUGCUGUGAAGUUUGCUGAGCUUGUGACCAAGAUUGACAGGAGGUCUGGUAAAGAGCUUGAGAAGGAGCCAAAGUUCUUGAAGAACGGUGAUGCUGGUUUUGUCAAGAUGAUUCCCACCAAACCCAUGGUGGUGGAGACUUUCUCUGCAUACCCACCUCUUGGCCGUUUUGCUGUGAGAGAUAUGCGUCAAACUGUGGCUGUUGGCGUUAUCAAGAGUGUGGAGAAGAAAGAUGCCACUAGUGCAAAGGUUACAAAAUCUGCUGCCAAGAAGAAAUGAAAUGCCUGCUUAAUUAAACAUACUCUUAUUUAUGUCUUGGUCAAUUUUGUCGUGAUGGUUAGCUUCUGUUGCUGCUCUCUAGCCUCACUUGUGGGGGAUGGUAGUGGUGUUGAGCAUUUGGGUUAAAAUCUGAAUGCUUGACAGGCAGUGGCAAAGGCUAAACGGUUAAUACUAUCCUCUCUUUUACUUUUUAUUUUAGGUACUCAUUUGGAUUUGAUGGAAAAGACUUUGAAUUUUGCCAUUUAGCAAUUUGAAAGUUCUUAUUCCCUUCAUCAUUUUGUUGUUGGUUGGUGUAUCUCUCAACAGCAGCAUAGUGUCUUUUUAAAGAGAGUUUUGAAUUAUGUUUGAUUUGUAGAGAGUGGCUGCCAUUGUUUUAUGAAUGUGAUGAUAAUUUUGCCGCCCGUUAUGAA